GGAGUUUCAGUCUUCAUAAAUCAUAUAACUCUUCCGAUAUCCCAUAACUUCUCUCUCUCUCUCGCUCUGUGAAUAGUGCAUAACUAUGAGCCAGUGUCAGUUACUUUCCUCUCGUUUGAUCUCUCAGAAACCAACAUCUGAUCAACAAAAGAUGACGUCGCAUCUGAGUCUUACAAUCAAAGAAGCAAAAUGCAUAGCCAACAUAGCCCUUCCAAUGAUGUUAACAGGUCUUUUACUGUAUUCUCGCUCUAUGAUUUCCAUGCUUUUUCUCGGCGGCCUUGGUGAGUUGGCGUUGGCUGGUGGCUCCCUCGCCAUUGGAUUUGCUAACAUCACCGGAUAUUCUAUUCUUUCUGGUCUUUCCAUGGGAAUGGAACCCAUUUGUGGCCAAGCUUUUGGUGCUAAAAGAUACAAACUUCUUGGCCUCACCAUGCAGAGAACUAUUCUUUUACUUCUCUUGAUUUCGAUCCCAAUUUCUUUUUUAUGGUUCAACAUGAAAAAGAUCCUUCUCUUCUGUGGUCAAGAAGAAGAUAUUGCCAAUGAAUCUCAGACUUAUAUUCUUUUUUCUCUUCCCGAUCUCAUUGCACUAUCCAUUUUACACCCUUUGCGGAUAUAUCUUAGAACUCAAUCCAUUACUUUGCCUCUAACAUUUUGUGCAACUUUCGCCAUUAUUCUUCACAUUCCAAUUAACUAUUUUCUUGUUUCUGUUCUCAAUCUCGGAAUCAAGGGCAUUGCUUUGAGCGCAGUUUGGACAGACAUCAAUCUCGUAGUGUCAUUGAUCCUCUACAUUAUGAUCUCUGGCGUCUACAAAAAAACUUGGGGUGGAAUUUCUUUGGAGUGCUUAAAAGGCUGGAAAUCUUUACUGAAUUUAGCCAUUCCAAGCUGCAUUUCAGUCUGUUUGGAAUGGUGGUGGUACGAGAUAAUGAUUUUAUUAUGUGGGUUGUUACUGAAUCCUCGUGCAACGGUUGCUUCAAUGGGUAUUUUGAUUCAAACUACAUCUUUGAUAUACAUUUUCCCUUCUUCUUUAAGCUUUGGUGUAUCAACAAGGGUUGGAAAUGAGUUAGGUGCCAAUUGCCCCAAGAAAGCUAAACUUGCCGCAAUGAUCGGCAUCUCUACGAGCUUCAUUCUAGGCUUUUCAGCAUUGCUUUUCACUGUGGUGAUAAGGAACAUUUGGGCGAGCAUGUUUACACAGGAUAGCGAGAUUAUCGCCUUGACCUCAAUGGUUUUACCAAUCAUUGGAUUAUGUGAACUUGGGAAUUGUCCACAAACAACAGGCUGUGGUGUUCUUAGAGGAACUGCUCGGCCUAAAAUGGGCGCAAACAUCAACUUGGGAUGCUUCUACCUUGUGGGCAUGCCGGUUGCCGUUUGGUUAAGUUUUUAUGGUGGGUUUGAUUUCAAAGGACUCUGGCUUGGCCUCUUGGCAGCACAGGGUUCAUGUGUUGUCACCAUGUUGUUCAUUGUGGCUCGAACCGAUUGGGAAUAUCAGGCUCAAAGGGCCAAGGAGCUCACCAGAUCAAAUGCAGCUAUUGAUGAUAAAGAAGAAGAAGAAAAAACAUUAUUGAAGAAUGAGAACAAUGACUCAUUGGGUUCAUCGGUUGAGCCAAGCAGCAAUAGUUCACCAGUUUAAAUUUUUUCUUUUUUUUGUUUUUCCAUUUUUUAAAAGGCUCAGACUAUUUUUAAAUUAUUCUUGGUUCCAUUUUAUUUCACUACUCGUAGUAUCAAAUGGAGCACUGUUUUGUAAUACGCCAACCUUGACAUUACAGUCUUUGUAAUUC